UUUAGAGUGAUCUCCCUUGACCGACUACUACAAGUUUGUUUAUAUAUUAAGGUUCGCAACAUCGAAAGGAAAAAAAAAAGCAUGUUUUAUUUCAUAGGGCUUGGGUUAGGUGAUGCAAAGGAUAUUACAGUGAAAGGAUUAGAAAUCGUGAGAGCAGCAGAUCGAGUCUAUUUAGAGGCAUAUACAUCGAUAUUGACUGUUGGCAAAGAUGAACUGGAGAAAUUCUAUGGUCGAGAAGUUAUGCUUGCUGACCGAGAAUCAGUGGAAGAAUAUUCUGAUAUUCUAUUCCAAAAUGCCUAUACAGAAGACAUUGCAUUCCUUGUUGUUGGAGAUCCUUUUGGCGCAACGACCCAUGCUGACCUGAUGUUAAGGGCCAGAGAAGAAGGGAUUCCAACUCGCGUUAUCCACAAUGCCUCUAUAAUGAAUGCUGUCGGUUGUUGUGGUCUGCAGCUCUACAAGUUUGGAGAGACUGUAUCAAUCUGUUUUUGGACUGAUACAUGGCAACCGGAUAGUUUUUAUGACAAAAUAGCGUCUAACCGAGAGAAAGGGAUGCAUACUCUGUGUCUUUUGGAUAUCAAAAUUAAAGAACAAAGUAUUGAAAAUCUUAUGCGAGGUCGGAAAGUGUACGAAGCACCGCGAUUCAUGACCAUAGCACAGGCAGCUCACCAACUUCUGACAAUCAUCAGUAAAAUGCAAAGCACUAAUCAACAUGAAACGGCAUUUACGAAAGAUACCAUUUGUGUCGGCCUCACCAAAGUUGGAUCUGACGAACAGAAAAUCCUUGUGGCACCAUUAGAGCGGUUAGCAGAAACAGAUAUGGGCCCACCACUCCAUUCCCUCGUGAUUCCUGGCAAUAUGCACCCUAUGGAAAUUGCCAUGUUGAGAAGUUUUGUUUUAGAUUCUACAACUGAAUCCAAAUUGCAAGAAAUGGAAACAUUUUGCUAGUGAAACAGAAUCAGUGACAACCUACCUACCACUUUGCUUUCUUUCAUUGUUUAUGUUGGUUUCAUUAUGAAAUAAAUAUCUAUGACAUAUACUG